AUGGGUCUCUCACCGGAAGAGGAAAUACAGGCGCUAUUGGAGUACAAUCCCCCGCCUGUGCGAGUCCCACCCACCCAGGUGGAGGACCAUGUUAGCGCACUGUCCUUCUACGACAGGCAUCUCGCUUCGAAUCUCGCUUUGAAACGCGUGGUAUACUUGCCGACACUCUUGCGGGGCGUUUCGAAAACUCUUCUUGCUUGCCUGGACUUGAUGGAUGUUCAAGAGACAUCAUUGCCUCCAAUCAAAGGUAGUUUCCCUACGAAGGGCUGGCGUGAUGGUACGUCCAUUGACACUACCUCUACGGAUGCGUUAUCCAUCGCCAAACUAUACGAGGUCACUACCGGAUUGAAUUGCGACUCGGUAGCAUCCACGCUUUUUCUCUCACCACAAUGCUCGUCGUGGCUGCCUGCAAUAUCUUUCUGUUCUACAUACGAUGUCAAUCACACUUCCGACCAGAAAUACUCCCUCGAAGACUAUUCGCUGUGCCUAAGCGAUGACCAGAUGCUAGUGCUGCGUCCAGAAAUCGAGGCAUGUCUCAGGGAUGACACGAUGGAGCUUUUGCGACGCUUAUGGGAAAAGGAACGUCGUCUAGCGACAUGGGAGUUCUUACCUUACACAUCCCAAGCCGUCGACAUUAUACAGGAUCUUUGUGGUGGAAGCUCUUCGCGCCGCAGAUCUGCAAUUCGGUUCGAAAUGCGAAUGUACCCACACAUUGGGACGUUUCAAUCGCCUAGUGUUGUUCAGUCCCCAUUGGACGCAGAAGCCUCUCCUUGGUUGUCUUAUGAACCGAGGCGAAUUUUAAGGUCAAGAAAGGCUCCCUCCCCAGCCGAUGUUGACCCAGAGGCUAAAAUUCCCCUUGACCCGAAGUUGUUCCGAAGUCGCGCGCCUUCCGUUGACCAUGUCCUUCAGCAUGCCUGGGCCACCGCCACCCGCAGAGAUUCGACCUUCAUUAUCUUCCAGUGCGGCAAUUUGGAACGCAUAGGCGUUCGGCAUCGAGCCAGCCAAACACUAUAUCUGUCUGAUAUCGUUGAUGUACCAAACAUGGCAGACCCCAGGGCGUACACCGAACUUCAGGUCAGCCUUUACAUGUCGAUACUCGACGAUGCGAUGCGGAGAGCCCCCCACUUCGAUAGUCAUGAUGAUUCCAUACCGACCGCGUCAACGUCGAAAACUUCGCUCGCAUAUGCGCCUAGCCGACAACCGACCACUUGGCAAUUUGAAGAUCACACUAGCGAUAUCUGCCACUGUCACCUCCUGUUAAUGACUCCGCAAUAUGGCAUCUAUUCCUUCCCCAAUCCUGCAACCUUUUUCCGAUGUGGUCACCAGCCGACCCCAUCAAAAAAUAAACACGCAAUCUACCAACCAGAUGCAUAUAUAAUGCUUCGCCUCACCUCUAUGAUUGCUAGAGGCGCCACUGGAAUAGUCCAUGCGGGCGCUCUGGGGGCCAAUCGUUCAAAUAGACCGCCGACAGCUUGCAAGGUCGUUGCCAAAUUGGCUUUCGACGAGCUUCAGAAACAGCGCAUGAAGCACGAAGCUGCUAUCUACCAGCAUUUUUCCUCGAAGGGCAUCCGCGGCAUCCCCAAAUAUUAUGGGAUAUUUGAACCGUUAGACGAUGGCCCGUUGGUCGUGCUCACCAGCCACGAAGGACUUUGGCUUCGGCACUGGAUUCCCAAUAUUACGAACUCAGACGCCGUUGUCCCGAAGGCCUGGAGGGACAAAUUCCUCAGUGUACUGAAACGGAUCCAUACAGCUGGCGUGUGUCAUAAGGACCUUCGAGCAGAGAACCUGUUGGUCAGCACAGACGACGAAGUUUGCAUCAUCGACUUCGACCGCGCUCGCUUGGCACCUUCUGUGGGAGCCUGUAAGAGGGAAUAUUUAAGCCCGCCCUUAAUGGACGCACAAUGCCUCCUUUCGCUAUCAGUCCCAACACCACGAGUUCAGGAUCAGGACUUUCGCCUUCGCCUGUCUCCGAAUCCAAUUGACGACAGAUGUACACUGUACAAGCCGCGUGAAUCGCUUUUGCGUUUCCCUGUUAACCCAGAGACCUGA